AUGUUAUGGAACACUCGAAGAGACAUUUUAAACAUAGCAUCAAUUAUACAGCUAUUUUUCUACUUAAUUCCAUGUUUUUGUUUUGGAUCGAUACCAUUAUGGCAUUGUAUUCCAACUUGCGUUCAAGUCCCGAUAAUAAGACAACUGGAAUUAUCGCCAUCAUUAUCAUUUCCACCUUUAUCAAUGUCGCGCGGUGAAGAUCACACAAAACAACAACAGAUUCAAUUGCAAUCGCAGAAACAAUAUAUUUUAGGCGACAACCAUCGAAAGUAUUACAGUCCAUUAGGUGAUUUUUAUCAAUUCAAUGGUGUAAACCUCCCGCAACAACAACAACAACAAUAUGAUGAAGACGAGUCGUGGCAACCUUUUCACCAUAGUGAUGAACCAAUCAUAUAUAUCGCUGAAACAACACCUAAUCCAUAUGAUGAAAUUGUCGAUGGAACAAGACUGAUACCGAUACAGCAUCAACUUUUACCUAUGUUUAAUCACUAUGAUGAUGAUUAUGAUAUAUCGAAUCGUACAACUAGUAUGUAUCUAUCACCGAUAUCAACGAUGGAACGCACUUUCGAAAAUCCAAAGGAUAAAUUACAACCGCCAUCAUUUAACGUGGUGAAACGGCAAAAAACCUAUUCAGCCAAGAAUCCGUUCCGACGGAAUUAUCUUGCAAGACGGGCUGCAUUUCCAUCGACUGUGUGCAACAGCAGAAGGCUUAGAAAGGUUAUAUUACAGGCAAUAACAACUGAUGUAUCAGAAUCGAAACGUAGCGUGAUGGAAGCAGCUGAAUAUGCCUAUCAUGGGAUUAAAUUUGACGUGAUUUGCGCUGAAGGUGAUUUCAGUUAUACCAUCCAUGCAAAGAAAUAUUGUGAAGUUACCAAAGAAAAUAUGACUUGUUUUGCAUUUCGAUAA